GUCACUAUCGGAAAUGUUCCCACUUCCCAGCUGCUCAUUACUGCCGCCUUUUGUAUGUCGUCAUUUUCUCCCGCCUUCACGGGCUUUCAUUCCCCUGGUGCUGGUGACGAAGAUACCGCUCGAUCACGGCGGAAGCACCGCAGAUCACGGCGUGGAUGUGUUGAGUGCAAGAGGAGGCAUAUGAGAUGCGAUGAGACUCGGCCACGGUGCAUCAACUGCAGCAAGGCUGAUCGAAACUGCUUCUAUCUGAACUCCAUCCAGGAGCUACAUAAGCCGCCCUCGAAAACUCCAAAACCUUCUUCGAGCACUGAAACUGCCGGGCCAUCGACUGGGCCUGAGUAUGGCGCCACAUCACACUCAAACCCUCCGUCAGAGCCCGAUGGUACACCAAUCGAAACCGAUACUGAAGAUUUCACCCCGGCACGCAAUGAUCUGUUAUUUUCCAUGGAGCACUUGUCACUGCUCCACCACUUUGAAAGCAGCAAAUUCGAGGUCCUCAUGGCCAACGAAUUAACAGAAGGCAUGGCUAUCAGAGGGCUGGAAGUAGCAUUGGCGACUCCAUAUUUAAUGCACGCACUUCUGGCACUCUCGGCACUUCAUCUAGCCACGAUUCAGCCGGAACAAGCUGAACGCUAUAGCCUUCUAGCCACACAACUCCAAGGACGCAGCAUAUUGCUCUUCAACAAUGAUUGCGAGCAGCCUUCAGAAACGACAUGUCUUCCCAUGUUUUACUUUUCAUCAUUCAUCGCUGUCCACGUUCUACAGCAGACUCUCAAGAGCAACAGAAAUGAUUUCGCCGCUUUUCUUGAUCAAUUCGCCAACUAUCUCCUUGUUCAUCGCGGUGUUAACGCCAUAGUUGGAGAUUGGUGGCACAUUAUUCGCGACGCCAUGGGGACAGAGCUUUCACAAGACCCCGGCGGCACCGUCAAUACAGAAGAUUUGGAUAUUGAGUGUGGUCCUUUACAGGAGAUGCUCGAUCAUUCGGAUUUAAGCACGACAUCAAUUCAAAUCUGUCGAGACACAGCCAAAAUCCUUGAAAAAUCAUUCCGGAUGUAUCAUCGCAUUGCCAAAGUAUCUACACGACGAUCGGCGUCGAUUAUGACGUUUCCCGUUCAUGUUAGCGCUGAGUUCACCGCCAUGAUCGAUCAACAGAAGCCCGAGGCUUUAAUUAUACUUGCCUUUUACGCAGUGCUGCUUCAUCGGUGUCGCAAUGCUUGGAUUGUUGGGGACGCCGGCCGUUUUAUUAUCGAGUCUAUAGCUGAACGCCUCCAAGGAUAUUGGUCUCAGUGGCUGGCAUUUCCAAUUUUGGCUCUCGAAGACGACUUGGACAGUUAAGACUGGUAAUUGUAAUCAGGAUGUUGGCAGGUUCAACAUAAACUCGAGGUUAGUCUAGUGUAUACCGGCAAUCAAAUGAGUUCACUCCUAUAUGAAGGGCGCCAAUCUGGCACAUGAGUCAGUUUGGCUCUCUAUAAACGCGCAUGUGACCAGUUACUCUUAUCUUUUUCGGAAGCCGGAGUCUGCGUAAAUAUGCCUUUGGGAUGUUUGGGCCGAAUUGCCAUUUGUAUCACGAUGAGGAGUUCCACGUCCAUCCGGGCAUUGCUUCGAACACUGACAUUUGCAAUAGUAUGUAGCUGACUACUACAAACACGUUCCUGGGCAGACUGUGGUUAUCACAAUUAAAGGAUUCAUUUGGAGUAUGAAACAAUGCCUAUUUAUUCAUUCGUAGAUGAAAUAGACUUACAUUCAAA